AUGUCGCAACAUCAUGCCAACGGUCCUCGCGUUGAGCAAUUUGACGAGUAUUUCCAUAAAAAUCCGGCGCCCAAGUCUCUGUCAAAACAUCAAGCAUUGACACGCGAGUUUAUUCAAUUUCACCUAGAAAACUCGCCGAAUCGCCGAAUUGCAUUAGUCACCUCAGGAGGCACAACUGUGCCCCUUGAGAACCAGACAGUACGGUUUAUUGACAAUUUCUCCGCUGGAACCCGUGGAGCAACGUCUGCCGAAUACUUUCUAGAGGCGGGCUAUGCAGUGAUCUUUCUUCACCGGCAGUUCAGUCUCCUGCCUUAUUCUCGGCACUACAGCCACAGCACAAACUGCUUCCUUGAUUUCAUGGAAGAACAUGAUGGCGAUGAUGAGCGUGUCGUGGUAAGGAAGGAGUACCAGGAGAAGAUGCGACGUGUUUUGCACCAGUACCAAUUUGCGAAGAAAAACCGCCUUUUGCUCCUCCUGCCUUUCACCACCGUCACUGAUUACCUCUUUCAAUUACGCAGUCUCGCUGUGUCGAUGCAGCCACUAGGCGAGCGUGCGCUAUUCUAUCUUGCUGCAGCUGUUUCCGAUUUUUUUAUUCCCAGAGAACGCAUGGAGGAGCACAAGAUCCAAUCAAGAGAGGAUCACGCCGGCGGCCAAGGAGCAGGGGCUAGUCGACAACUGGUCAUUAACCUCGACCCGGUGCCUAAAUUUCUCAGCCCUUUGGUGCACUCGUGGGCACCUAAAGGAAGCAUGAUUGUGAGCUUCAAGCUUGAGACUGACCCUGCCCUUCUUGUGGCAAAGGCCGAACAAGCCCUCAGAAGAUAUCAGCAUGAUUUGGUCAUUGGUAACCUAUUGACUACGCGCAAAUGGGAAGUAGUCUUCAUUACCCGGAACGGAGGCGAGAGAUGGCUCCGCGUGCCUAAAGCACGGAGGUCGAAGAGUAUUUCUGGAAUCGAAGAAUUGGUAGGGAAAGCGGAACGCAAGCAUGAAGCUCAGCAUGUGGACCUUGAGGGAGGGACUGUGACCGAAGGCAUGGAGAUAGAAAGCUUGAUCAUACCUGAGCUGGCCAUCAUGCAUACAGACAUGAUAGAGCACGGAAAAUGA